AUGUUUCGAGGUUCCAAAUCGGAGUUUCAUCCCGCUCUUUCCGUCUCCAAUAUUAGGAACCAUAUUCCUAUUAUUCUUGAGAUGGAAAAAGAUCAAUAUGAACCCAACUCCAAUGCAAUGGAAGCAUGGAAUCGCUUGGAAGAUAUUUUUCAGGACAACAAAAAUGCUCGAGCAGUCACUCUUGAGCAAGAGUUUUCUAACACUCGUAUGGAGGAUUUUCCCAAUGUCUCCGCUUAUUGUCAACGUCUUAAGAUGCUUUCUGAUCAGUUGAGAAAUGUCGGCUCCCCUGUCAACAAUCAUCAUCUGGUCCUUCAGCUGAUCUCUGGUCUCCCAAAAGCUUACCGUAGUGUUGCUACUUUGAUUCGCCAGAGCAACCCUCUUCCGACAUUCUAUCAGGCUCGUUCCAUGCUCACUUGA